AUGUCCACUUCGUUAAAUGUUUUUAGAUGGUCUGCUUUGGCCACAGGAAUUGUGUAUGGUGCUUACCACACCCAACAGCUGAAAGUAGCUGGAAAAAUCAACCAGGACCAGUUUAAUUUUGCCCGUAGACAGAAUUUAAUUAAAGAGGCUAAGCUAGAAUAUAGCAAACUGAAUCCAUCACAGGAAGAUUCAAAGAAUGAUCUUGCUAAGAUUAAUCUGGAUGAUGAUAAGUUAGAUUUUGCGAAUGUGCUUUUGAGAGCUGUAGAGUCACUGAAUGAUAACUAG